CUUUUCAAUAGUAUGACCUCCUAAAUUGCUUCAAUUGUUCUCACAAGAUGUCACUGAAUUGUUGUCAGGUUAAGCAGCGGAAGCGUUGAUUAAGAUAUUAAGAAAAAUUCCACGGUCCUGCAGUUAAAAACAGCUGUUGCUUUCAUUUGCACUUGAAGCGAAAGACUGCAAAUUACAAUAAAAAUCUGAAGUCGAACGUAGUGAAUGUAGUAACCGUUGUUCUUUUCUUAGUGAUAACUUUAAGGUGAACGUCAGCAAGUGCCUUUGCUCGCCAUGAGUGAUCUAAAUAUAAUUGUUUAUGAAAAUGGCUGCAAAACACCAGACCAUGAGGUGUUAGCGUGUAUAAGAAAAGCAUUUAAACUCGGCUUCAAUACGUUGGCUCUCAAUGUAAUAAUUGGCGAAAGUGAAUUAUCUACAAAACAACCCUUGCCAAAACCAAUCAAGUUCGACAUUCCUGAAUUCUGCCUUAAGGAAGCUCGCUCACAGGGUAGAACGCUAAAACUAUUGACACGCCUGUCUGGAAAGGUGUCUGAUAACCAACAGGCACAUAAACUUCAACAUAAUCCUAUCUCCUGUGAAUACGACUUGCUCGCAGCUUUUCCAACAACACACGGACUACUUAACUCGAUUAUCGAUCAGGGUGGUGUGGACAUACUUUUUUAUCCUCUGACCGAGACGUAUGCGUUCCCCAAGAAUAGCUGUAUAUCGUACGCCAUACAGAAAGGAAUCUUUUACGAGUUGGCGUAUUCGCCGCUGCUGGGUCCAAAGCGCGCGGUUGCCCUGCGGAGUAUGCGGCGUUUAAUGCAUCAUGAAAGGACAGGUUUUAUAUUUUCUUCCGGGACUUCCAGUCCUGAGUUUCUCCGAGGCCCAUUAGACGUAAGCUUUUUGGGCCACCUGCUGGAGCUCGAAGCGGACUAUGCUCGUCGUUUAGUCUGGGAUGCGCCGUCUAACGUAUUAGUUCAUGCGGAGACACGCCGAAGAAAGGAUCGUGGUGCAGUUAUGGCGCAGUUUCUUGACAAGGUACCGCCUGGCGAACGGUGGCUAAUCGAAGCUUGCCAGGUUAAGCCUAAAGUACAGCCAACUCAGCAGAAACAGCAACAAAAGGGGCAAAAACAGGCAGCGGAAACUCAAAAACAAGAAGUCGAUGAUGACGGUACCGAUGUCAGAGAAACACCAGCGUACAAACGGCAACGCACAGAGUAGAAGCUAAUUCAUAUAAUAAAUAUAUAAACACUAGUAGAUAAACGCAGAAAAUAAGACGUGAUAAAUUCAACGGUCCAUUGAAGUAAUCUGCUGUAGGAAAGUCGCAAGCAGCUGUAAUUUUAUUCAAGUUUAACAAACUAUGUAUACAUGUGGAGUAGAAUACAAUACCAGAAAGUUAAAUAAAUUUUUCCUAAAAGCUUUUUAUUGAUAAAAAUGACCUUGUUACAUACAAUUACGAAGAGUACUGUUUGUUGCCUAGAUGUACGAACAAUAAAAGCAAUCAUGCGUAGUUUUCAAAGCGACGUUAUCGCUAAUUGUUAGCCGGUUUCAUGCCCCACAAAUGGUAUGAGCAAUGAUAUACUGACAGUCAGAUGAUCUCUAAUGAAACGAAGAUUUACCUUUAAUUAAACUGUUUCGGUGCGGCAAUCUAAUUAACCUGGUAGACCCUUCGCCCUAGAAGACGCUAGGAGAAUUAUUGGCGAAUCUAAUUGAUCCUUUUGACGGCUGUCAAUGCAGAGAUGCUUAGUUACUUUCUG